AAAAAGAUAACCAAAAUUUUCACUCAAGAAUCAAUCACUUUACCAACCCCAUCAAAUCUCUUCCAAAUUCCAAUAUGAUUUUUAAAACCAUAUAUAUCAACAAGAUGUCUUCCCCCGUAAAACCCUUCUUCUCCCUUCUCUUCUUGCUUUUGUUUCUCUUCAUCAUUCCACUGCUUCAAUCUGCCCCUGACAACUCCAACUUAGUAUACAAAGGAUGUGCAAAGCAACCUUUGCAGGAUCCCAAUGGGGUCUACUCAUCUGCCCUUUCUGCCAUUUUUGGUACAUUGAUUCAACAAUCUUCAAAAGCGAAGUUCUUCAAGACCACAUCUGGAAGUGGGCAAGCUUCAGUCUCUGGUCUUUUUCAAUGCAGAGGGGAUCUCACUAAUCUUGAUUGCUACAACUGUGUCAGCAGGCUCCCAAUCUUGAUGGACAAACUCUGUGGCAAGACUGUGGCUGCAAGAAUCCAGCUUCUGGGUUGUUACAUGCUUUAUGAAGUCUCUGGGUUCGCUCAAAUCUCAGGAAUGGAGAUGCUUUACAAGACCUGUGGGUCGACUAAUGCUGGUGGAAGUGGGUUUGAAGAGAGAAGGGACUCUGCAUUUACGACUUUGGAGAGUGGAGUUGGGAGUGGAAAUGGUGGAUUUUACACCACAAGUUAUGAAUCUUUAUAUGUUUUGGGGCAAUGCCAAGGUGAUUUAGGAACUUCUGAUUGUGGAGAUUGUGUGAAAAAUGCAGUCCAGAGAGCUCAAGUCGAAUGUGGAAGCUCCAUUUCAGGACAAAUCUAUCUCCAUAGAUGCUUCAUUAGUUACAGUUACUACCCAAAUGGGACACCAAACCCAGAGAAAUCAUCAUCUUCUUCAUACUCUUCAUCUUCAUCUUCAUCUUCAUCUUCAUCUUCUUCAGGGACAGGGACAAAUGCAGGGAAAACAGUGGCAAUUAUCUUGGGAGGGGCAGCAGGAGUUGGAUUCAUAGUGAUAUGUAUACUGUUUGCUAAGAACUUAGCAAAGAAACAUGAUGAUUACUGAAAGGAGAGUCUGCAAAUUCUCCAAAGAACCAAAGAUCCAAUUUUUGAGGUGGGUUCUUUCAUUGGUCUUUUGCAAAUCCACAAGGCAAAGAGGUGUAAUUUUUGGUAUAUUUACAAGGAAAUGGAAUGAAUGGUGGAAAAGAUGUAAUGUUUUAAUUUGUGUUGUGAGUGAGACCUUGGCUUAAAGCCAAAGCCAAUGCCAAUGCCAUGUUGCUUUCCAUCUA